AUGUCUGCAUCCCAGUACGCGCCCAUCGACGGCAAGGACGACAAACCGAUCGACGAGUCGUCCACCUCCACCAGGCUGACACCAGACUCAGACUCGGAUGAUGACGUUGCACUGAACGAGCUCGAAGCCGAAGAUGGCUAUGAGCUCAGAACAAUAGAUCCCAGCCACCAUGGUGAUGGCUACGAGCAGGCAAGAGCUGGCGCUGCCGAGGACGAUGAUCAGGAUAGCGAAGACGAUCAGGUGCCGUUGGCUGGUGGUCAUCGUAGACGGCGUCGGUCGAGCGCACAGUCAUUCGAGCUGUAUACACCCGACGAAGAGCGCGCGGUGAAGAGCAAACUCGACACCAGGCUGGUCCUCUUCGUUGCACUGCUAUACAUGAUGGCAUUCCUCGAUCGAUCGAACAUUGGCAACGCGAAAGUCGCUGGCCUGUCACACGACCUUCACCUUUCCGACGAUCAAUUCAGCUGGAUCCUCGAAGCAUUUUACACUUCUUACGUCCUGUUUGAGUGGAUGACCAUAUGCUACAAGAUCUUCCCACCCCACAUCUAUGUCAGCGUAUGCGUCUUCGCAUGGGGCGUACUCGCAUCGCUGCAAGCCCUGGCUACAAGCUUCCCAUUCAUGCUGGUCCUUCGAAUCAUGCUAGGGAUCGGCGAGGCAGCCUUCGUUGGCAUGCCUUUCUAUCUAUCGUUCUUCUUCCGGCGGGAGGAGCUAGCAUUCCGUAUCGGGAUCUUCAUUGCUGCCGCACCUCUGGCAACGACUUUCGCUAGCACUCUCGCUUACGGCAUAGUAAGCCUGGGCGACAUUGCUGGCAUCGCAAGCUGGCGACUGCUCUUCCUUCUCGAGGCGUUUCCAGCGACUAUAGUUGCAGUAUGGACCUGGUACUGGCUGCCCGACUCACCCGCUACUGCACGUUGGCUCACCCUUCGUGAGCGGAGGAUCGCUACUCUACGUAUGCGCAAAGAGUCGACCAUCAAUGCCAAAGCAGGCAAGUCAAGCUCCUCGCAGACGAACAAGCCACGUCACAAGCAGAAGUUCAAGUGGAACGAGGUCGAGACUGUGCUCACAGAUCCAAAGUCAUACCUCACGGCCGGCAUGUUCUUCUGCUGCAAUGUGGCUUUCAGCAGUAUGCCUGUGUUUCUACCGACCAUACUCAACUCCAUGGGCUAUACGAAACAUGCCGCGCAAGGGCUCUCGGCAAUACCAUUCUUUUGCGCUUUCUUCGGUGUCUUGAUUACCGCAUUCGUCUCGGACAGGGUCAAGUCAAGGAGCAUACCCAUGAUCUUGCAUGCCUUGCUGGCGAUGAGCGGCUAUGUGAUCUUGGCCAUUGCAGGCUACUUUGAGUUUGGGCAUACUCUACGAUACCUAGCCGUCUUGCCGAUCUGCGUUGGGUUCUUCUCAGCCGUCACGAUCGUAAUCACCUGGACAGUCAACAACCAGCCCUCCGACGAAGCCAAAGGUACAGGUAUGGCAGUCUUGAACAUGAUCGGACAAUGCGGCCCAUUUCUCGGGACAAGGUUGUAUCCAGAUAGUGAUGGGCCCUACUUCGUGAAAGGCAUGACCAUCUGUGCUGUCGCGAUGGCGAUGGUGGCGGUCCUGGCAUUUGUGCUACGAGUCGUGCUCAUCAGAGAGAACAGGAAUUGGGGAUGGAAGGGCGCACAGCAUGCGCCUGGCGACGUUGAUGCAGGUCCCGCGGGCAGCGGUGAUUACGACGAUGGCGGGCGGGCGUAUUCGCCACGGCUGGAGAGAGCUGCGUCAGGGCCACGGCCACGGCAGGAGAGAGCUGCGUCGGGGCCACGGCUGGAGAGGGCUCUGUCACGGGUACCGCAGGAUCGUGCUCAAUCGCGGCCACGGCAGGGUCGCGCACCUUCGCGAACGCCUUCUGGCUUCCGCAGCCCUUCUGUCCGGAGGAAGAACAAGCCCGAGGAGACCACUACUGCUGAAAGUGUGAAGACAAAUGGGCAGAGGACUCCAGAGGACGAUAGCGCUUCGUAUGCUGACCCGCCAUUGUAUCCUCGAAUUGGCGCUACUGCGGAGGAACUUGCGGGCGAGGUCUGUGUGGGCGACGACAUGCACAUGAAGGAAGAUGAAGAGAGCAAGCCGGUCCAGGACCAGGAGUCGAGGCCACACAGGAUGUACAAGUUCACUUUGUAUGAGACGAAUACUCGGUACUGGAUCACUGGUGCCGACAUUACAGACAAAUACUAUCGUCUUUUGAGGAUCGACCGCAACUCGCCACCGGGACAGAUCAUGCUGUUCGAAGAUGAAACAGUUUACGAUCGGAAGCAGAUGAAUGAUGUGCUCAACACCAUCGACCAGGGCAAUAAAACUACCAAUGGUCUGCGAUUGAAGUACAGCUUCUGGGGUCUGCUUGGCUUCAUCAGAUUCACAGAAGCAUAUUACAUGCUCAUCAUCACGAAGAGAAGACAAGUUGCCAUGGUUGGUGGUCAUUAUCUGUACCAGAUUGAAGGUACCGAGUUGGUACCGUUGACGACAGGAGCUAGUAGCUCUUUCCUUCGAGACCGUAACCCGGAAGAGGCACGAUUUUUGAGCAUAUUGAACAACCUCGAUCUGACCAAGUCGUUCUACUUCAGCUACUCGUAUGACAUCACACAUGCGUUGCAGACCAAUAUCAUCAGGCAGAGGGAAGCACUCAAUGAAGGUCGUGCUUUGGCUUUACAUGACUACAAUGGCAUGUUUGUGUGGAACCACCACCUGCUUAAGCCAGCAGUCGCAGCACUGAAACACCCUUACGACUGGUGUCUGCCAAUCAUUCAUGGAUUUCUGGAUCAAGCGGCACUCGACAUCUUUGGGCGUACUGUGUACGUAACUAUCAUUGGCCGACGAUCCCGCCAUUUCGCAGGCGCCCGUUUUCUGAAGCGAGGAGUCAACGACCUAGGUUAUGUAGCCAACGAUGUUGAGACUGAGCAGAUCGUGGCGGAAAAGCUUACCACGUCCUUCCAUGCACCGGGACCAAGACUAUACUCAAACCCUACGUACACUUCCUACCUGCAUAACAGAGGCAGCAUACCGCUUUACUGGACACAGGACAACAGUGGGGUGACGCCGAAGCCGGGCAUUGAAGUCAACCUGGCCGAUCCAUUCUAUCAGCCCGCUGCACUGCACUUUGAUCACCUGUUCGAAAGAUACGGUUGUCCGCUCUAUGUGUUGAACCUCAUCAAAGCUCGUGAGAAGGUACCUCGUGAGUCUAAGCUGUUGCACGAAUUCAAGAGCUGUAUCGAGUACCUGAAUCAGUCAUUGCCAGAAGAUGGCAGGAUCAUGUACAAGGCGUACGAUAUGGCAAGAGCAGCAAAGACGAGGAACAGCAACGUGAUAGGUGGGCUGGAAGUCAUCGCCAAGGAGAUUCUUGAGAAGACUGGCUUCUUCCACAACGGCGGCGAUAGCUGCCAGGAGCCACAGAUACAGAACGGAAUUGCAAGAACGAAUUGUAUCGACUGUCUUGAUCGUACGAAUGCGGCACAGUUCGUGAUCGGCAAGCAUGCCUUCGCACUUCAGCUCAAAGUGCUGGGUGUCAUCGACAAGGAAGAGCUCGAAUAUGAUACAGAUGCUGUCAACUUGUUCACUUCGAUGUUCCACGACCACGGCGAUAAUAUCGCCAUGCAGUAUGGAGGCUCGCAUCUUGUCAACACGAUGGCUACCUAUCGGAAGCUAAGCCACUGGCAAAGCUCUUCCCGAGACAUGGUCGAGAGCUUCAAGCGAUACUACCACAAUUCAUUCCUCGACAGCCAGCGGCAAGAGGCGUACAACUUGUUCCUUGGUAACUACAUCUGGGCCCAAGGUCAGCCGAUGCUGUGGGAUCUGGCCACGGACUACCAUCUGCACCACAGUGACCCGAAGGCCUGGCUGGAGCGAACGCGCAGAAACUAUAUAUACUGGUACACCCCAGAGCAUCUUCGGCCACGAGUCAUGCCAGCUCGAUUGGCGUGUCCCAUCAACGAUUUGUCUGUCGAAGGCGUCAGCGCGUUCGAUGACUACUGGCGAGAAUGCUACAGACCAGCCGCGCUAUCCUCUCUGCAGAAAGUCUACUCAUACCGCAUGACUUCGACUCAAAACUACCUACCGGAACGACCAUACGGCGACAACAAAUGGGACUUCAGCCCAUUCGUGCGACGAGCUGAUCCACACCGCCAUCACGAUUCGCCUGAGAAACAGAAGCCACCACGCAAAGGUGUGAAGAUCGUGGAUCCACAUGAGCAGCCUCCUGAGGAACCACCACCGUCAGCUGAUUGUGGUCCUCGACCGUUGACGGCUGGUGAAGAGAAGCCUAGCAUCUUGCGUGAGACCGUGUAUGAGAAGAUUCUCCCACCACUGAAACCAGAAGAAGCGAUCACGUCUUCAGGCACUAAGGCCUUCCAACCCGCCGACAAAGAGCAGAUGCACAAUUGGACUCUCAACCAGUUCCACACGCAGUCCCUCAACCCCCACGUCUCGGAGAAGGAGAUCGAUGAAUACAACUUCUACAUCCGACACCCUCAGAACCUGCCACUCGUCACAUCGACAGACCUCCCCUCCGAUGCCAACAUAGACUACCUCGAAUACGUCAACAAAGCCGGCGGCAGCACAUUCGACGACUUUGAUGACGAAGAAGCAAGCAUGUUCGGCGGCGGCGUAGGGGCUGCUGAUCUGGAGGAUUAUGCAGACUUUGUUAAGGAGAAGGUGGAUCCGCUGACUGUUAUGGUGGAUGAUUUGCCGAAGAAGAGGUAUAAGGCGUAUCGGCAGUGGUUGAGAGGGAAGAGUUUGUUUAAGCAGGCGAAGAUGGAUCCGGAGUUUGUGAAGGAGGGUGCUUAG